AUGGCAACCAAACUAAGAACACUCGGCCCCAAAGCCGCCGCAGCCCUCGACGAAGAACUCAUGUCCACCGGCGCCUUCUCAAUCGAUCAAUUAAUGGAACUAGCUGGCCUCGCAGUCUCCCAAGCAAUGUACGCCAUCUCACCACCAUCCAAGACUCCGCAUAUCCUCGUAGCCUGCGGACCAGGUAACAAUGGUGGCGAUGGUCUGGUAGCAGCUCGCCACCUCUUCCACUUCGGCUAUAAGCCGACGAUGUACUAUCCCAAGCAAAGCAAGAACGAGCUUUACCAGCGUCUACGAAUCCAGCUGGAACAGCUUAAAGUACCCUUCACCAACGAUUUUGGGGAUGCGGUACAGAAGAACGACUACAUCAUCGACGCCAUCUUCGGUUUCUCCUUCAGUGGCGAGGUCCGGGAACCAUUCCCCGCUGUCAUCAAAGCAUUAGCCGAGAACAAGAAGCCCGUCCUUGCAGUCGAUGCGCCUUCGAGCUGGAACAUCGAGAGUGGUCCUCCUAACGACGGACCUGGUAAAGGCUACCAGCCAGCCGCUUUAAUCAGCUUGACCGCGCCUAAGCCGCUAGUGAAGUGGUUCAAGGGCAGGCACUUUGUUGGCGGACGGUUUGUGGGGAAGGAGAUUGCGGAGAAGUACGGAUUUGAUGUUCCAUCUUAUCAGGGGAGCGAUCAGAUUGUUGAGGUGGAAGGCUUGGCGCACGAGGAGAUCACAAACUUCGAGAAAUCUUCUGUGUCCGGUCGCUUCCUCUCCAGAUACAUGUCCACCCUGAGAGAGCUCAAGGUCUUCACGAAUCUAGAACGAUCAACUGUGAAGCUUGGGACACGGCUCAUGUCUAGGACGGCUUCAUCACAGAUCAACGCCGUUGAUCUGGCUGGCUCAUCUUUGACUCAGCAACCCAACCUCCCUUCACUCCUGACACUUCCGGACGAACUACAGCUGAUGAUCUACAAGUACUGCUGUCCAACACAUGGAGUACUGAGUUUAUGGCUUGCCAGUGGCAUACUGGAAUCCGAGCUGUAUACUUUCCACCCAGAAUCGAUCUCAAGGAGGCUGAAGUCCGACCUUCGACUACUGCAUAUUUGCCGUCGCAUCCGAGAGAUUUCCCGGGCGGAGUUCUGGAAGACCACCACCGUCAUCUUCGACAUCGCCGCCAAUGGUGCCAUCUACGAUUACCGGGCCGCCGUCGAAUCUGUUGCCUCUCGAUUACCAGGAGCUUUGCCUUUUUGUAAGACCUUGGAUCUCUCCUGUGGACGCUUUCCAAUCUGCCAACUCCCUUAUCAACGCAUACACGAGGAGUACACUGUGUUAAGUGCCAAUGGCUGGGCGGCCGUACGCAUCAGAUGUGGGCGUUCGCUUGGUGAAAUGCAGCGUCUUGAUGAAGUGGCGCCGAGUCCGUGGAGGCCUUUACGACGACCUUGUUUGAGAUGUGGCGAGAGAAAGGAGGUGAUGAUGAGGAAGCUGGAGACCACGAUGCUGGUGAUUCGGGAUGAGGGUAUCAGUCCAGGACGACUUUUGGAGGUUGUCGAUGCGAUUCUGUAG